AAGUGUGUGUGUGUGUGUGUGUGUGUGUGGUGGAGAGCGAGAGCGAGCGCGAGCAGCAGUGUGGGACAGAGCGCGAGCUGACUGAAGCAGCAUCAUUAGCUCCAGGUUGAACAGGUGUGUGAUGGAGAACUGAAGCGGCUCUGAGAGAAACCUGAACUCUGAGGGAACUGAGCUGGAUCUUCAGCUCUGUACAGGAGGAGAAGAUGUUCUCCAAGAAGAGGAGAGAGCUGAUAAAAAGCCACUCCGUGUCGAAGAAGAGUCGAAGCGGAAACACUGCUGCGCCUCUCGGUUCCUUGGCACUGACUAUUCUCCAGGAGCAGCCUCGGAAAGAUGGCUCAGAUGCCGGUUCCUCCUUUUUGUCUGUGCCUGCGUCCUCCUCCACUGCUGCAAGUUUCUGUCCACCUGCUGUGGAAGGCCAAACUUGCCCUGGCACUCCCUCCUCCACACAUGGAAAACUGGUGGGUUGUCCAUCACCAGGAGGCACCUUGAAGAGACCUACUGCUCUGAGCCGCAACGCCAGUGCCGCCGGCUCGCCGCUCCAAUCCUGGGUGUUCAGUAAAGGCCAAGGCCGGGCCGCUAUCUCCCAGAGCCCUCAGAACGAGAGUGUGGAAAUGCCAGCAGCUAUUGAGGUGGAGGACAUCCCUGCGCUGCUGCGUGCUGUGGCUCGAUUCGCAGAGGCUGUGGAGAAACUCAAAGACGUGGUUCUGGAAGAUAAACAGGAGAACCAUCGUCCGCUGGCCCAUGAGUGUCUGGGUGAGGUGCUGCGGAUUCUGCGCCAAAUCAUCAACAUGUACCCGCUCCUCAACACGGUGGAGACUCUGACCGCCGCCGGCAAACUCAUCUCCCAGGUCAAAGGCUUUCAUUAUGAAGUCAGCAAUGAAACGGACAAAAAGGACUUUGAGAAAGCCAUUGAAACCAUCGCAGUAGCUUUCAGUAACAAUGUCUCAGAGCUGUUAAUGGGAGAGGUUGACAGUAGCACUCUUUUAUCAGUAAUGCCCACAGAGAAGAGCAAGUCUGUGGAGAACCUGUUCCGAAUCUCUGGUGUGGAGACUUCACACGACUCUUCUGAAUUAGCAAUGAGAGCUGAGGAGGUGGACAUCCUUCUGCAGCGUAGUGAGGGUGGAGUUGACUCCGCCCUGACAUAUGCUAAGACCAUCUCUAAGUACAUAAAGGACCUCAUUGGCUACGUGGAGAAACGCAUUUCUUUCGAGGUGGAGUUUUCCAAAGGUCUCCAAAGGCUGUAUCAGACGUGCAAGCAAACAAUCACUCAGCCACACAUGCCUUUCUUCUCCAUAUACUCUCUGGCACUGGAACAGGACUUGGAGCAGAGCUCAACAAUACAGCAGGCUGCAAAUACCCUACAAUGUCAGACCUUCAUACAGCCUCUGAUGCUACGUAAACAGGAGCAUGAGAAGAAACGCAAAGAGCUGAAGGAACAGUGGCUCAAAGCUAAGAGAAAACUGUUGGAGUCGGAGGCUAAUUUGCGGCGAGCUAAGCAGGUCUACAUCACUCGCUGUGAGGAAUACGAGAAGGCCAAGACGGCAGCUAGCAGAGCCGAGGAGGAGUGCAGUAGUUCCACAACCAAAGCGGUGGACAAAAAAAAGCGACUAGAGGAAGAGGCUCGUAAUAAGGCCGAGGAAGCCGAGGCCACGUAUAGAGUGUGUGUUGCAGAUGCCACACAGCAGCAGCAGGAGCUGGAACACACAAAGGUUACAGUUCUGAGACAGAUCCAGGAGGUCAUCAGGCAGAGUGACCAAACGCUCCGCUCUGCCACUAUUUCCUACUACCAGAUCAUGCACAUGCAGACUGUGGGGCUGCCCGUGCACUACCAGACUCUGUGUGAGAGCAGUAAACUGUACGAUCCAGGACAGCAAUAUGCCACCCAUGUCAAAGAGCUGCAGAUGAGUGAGGAGCCUGAGCUCAAUUACACCUUCGAACCCUACUGUGCCUCCAGCAGCCAGUAUGUGCAGGCAGCUCGAAUACGCAGUGACAGCUCCAACACCGAUACACCGAGCAGCACAGAAGGGACGGUCACAGCCGGAGAAACGGCCGAUCCUGCCACUGCUCAGAAAGACGAGCAGAGCAAAGCACGAGGUCACAUGACUCACAAAUCCUGGGGCUCUACUGUGAGUGAUACAGACAUUGUGUUGGGAGGAAAUGACCUCGGAUCUCCCACAAACAGCGCAGGUGACAUCAGCAAAAUAGCUCGAACAUCAUCCACAGGAACCAUGUCAUCAAAUGAGGAUGCAGAUGAAAAAGAUGGGGCUAUGGUGAACUUUGAAUCCUCCAAUAUUAAUGGCAUCGAGCCUGAAAUCGUUGUGCCAACAGGACCAUUUAAGAGCGUGGGUUUAUCCAAAGCUGCGCAGACUCACCGCCUGCGCAAACUGCGCUCUCCAGCAAAAUGCCGGCAGUGUGACAGCUAUGUGUACUUCCAGGGGGCAGAAUGUGAGGAGUGUUUCUUGGCUUGUCAUAAACGCUGUUUGGAGACUCUGGCCAUCCAGUGUGGACAUAAGAAGCUGCAGGGCCGCCUCCAGCUCUUUGGACAGGAAUUUUCCCAUUUGUCCUGCAGCAGUUCUGAUGGGAUUCCGUUCAUCAUCAAAAAGUGCACGUGUGAGAUUGAGAGAAGAGCGCUUAGGAUGAAGGGCAUCUACCGGGUGAACGUAAAAACCAGGGUGGAGAAAUUGUGUCAGGCAUUUGAAAAUGGAAAAGAGCUCGUGGAGUUGUCACAAUCCUCUCCACAUGACAUCAGCAAUGUUCUCAAGCUCUACCUGAGACAGCUUCCAGAGCCCAUCAUGCCGUUCCGCCUCUAUAACAGUCUGAUGGGCCUUGCGAAGGAAACCCUGACCCUGGUGGGACCUGAGGGGGCUGAGCCUGGGAAAGGGCCUGAUCUGGUUGAUCUGGGUGCAGAGACAAACCCUGAACUCCUAAACCUGGUGCACAGACUGAAGGAGCUUCUCAGUGAGCUGCCCAAGGUGAACAUGACCAUGCUGCGCUACAUCGCACGCCAUCUCCGCAGGAUUGCUGAGCUGGAAGAGGACAAUAAGAUGAGCCCCAGUAACUUGGGCAUUGUGUUUGGGCCUUCACUGAUGAGGCCCCGGCCCUCAGGGGCCACAGUGUCCCUGUCUUCCCUGGUGGAUUACCCCUAUCAGGCUCGCAUCGUGGAGACACUCAUUGUGUUUUACCCCACUAUCUUCCCCUCUGAGUCUAAUCGCCCAGGCGGUAUCAGUAUGGUCUGCUCCUCACCCCUGCAGCAGCAGAGCAGUGUUGAUGGGGAGGACUCAGGUACAAAUGAUGAUGAAGCAGAUCGAACCGAAGAACAUGAAGGAGCUGAGGCAGACAAGAUAAAUGAGGGAAGAGAAGGCUCUAUAGGCACCCUGGGGUCCCUGGAGCACAGUCUGGACUCUGACUCAGAACCGGAGGAGGAACGAGGGGGGACAGAUGAACAGCUUUGCUCCCCAAACAAUAAUGAGGAUCCAGAAGUAACCCCUCCCACAGCAGAGGUCCAGAAUCACUCAGCUUCCGACAACCAACCUCCUGCACUGCCUGAGAGCGAACCUCCAGAGCUUGAGAGUCCAGACGAACCACCCACGAGUUCAUUCGCAGAGCUCACCAUCAACCAGUCUAACAAUGAGCCACAGUGUUAAUCACCAGGACAGAGUGUUAAUUACCAGAACACAGUGUAAAUCACCAGAACACAGUGUAAAUCACCAGAACACAGUGUAAAUCACCAGGACAGAGUGUAAAUCACCAGGACAGAGUGUUAAUCACCAGGACACAGUGUAAAUCACCAGAACACAGUGUAAAUCACCAGGACACAGUGUUAAUCACCAGAACACAGUGUUAAUCACCAGGACAGAGUGUUAAUCACCAGGACACAGUGUAAAUCACCAGAACACAGUGUAAAUCACCAGGACACAGUGUAAAUCACUAGGACAGAGUGUAAAUCACCAGGACACAGUGUAAAUGACUAGGACAGAGUGUUAAUCACCAGGACAGAGUGUAAAUCACCAGGACACAGUGUAAAUGACUAGGACAGAGUGUUAAUCACCAGGACACAGUGUAAAUCACCAGGACAGAGUGUAAAUCACCAGGACACAGUGUAAAUCACCAGGACAGUGUUAAUCACCAGGACACAGUGUUAAUCACCAGGACAGAGUGUAAAUCACCAGGACAGAGUGUAAAUCACCAGGACACAGUGUAAAUGACUAGGACAGAGUGUUAAUCACCAGGACAGAGUGUAAAUCACCAGGACACAGUGUUAAUCACCAGGGCACAGUGUUAAUCACCAGGACACCGUGUAAAUCACCAGGGCACAGUGUUAAUCACCAGGACAGAGUGUAAAUCACCAGGACACAGUGUUAAUGACUAGGACACAGUGUUAAUCACCAGGACACAGUGUAAAUCACCAGGGCACAGUGUUAAUCACCAGGACAGAGUGUAAAUCACCAGGACACAGUGUUAAUGACUAGGACACAGUGUUAAUCACCAGGACACAGUGUAAAUCACCAGGGCACAGUGUUAAUGACUAGGACACAGUGUAAAUCACCAGGACACAGUGUAAAUCACCAGUACAGAGUGUUAAUCACCAGAACACAGUGUAAAUGACCAGGACACCAUGUUUAUUAGCAGGACACGGUGUUAAUGACCAGGACAGAGUGUUGAUUAGCAGGACACAGUGUAAAUCAGCAGGACACAGUGUUUAUUAGCAGGACACAGUGUUAAUGACCAGGACAGAGUGUUAAGACUAACCCAUUUUUUAAAGCGGUUUGCUUGCACUGUAGGAACUUUUUCAGGGACUUUAAGCACAACAGAUAAAUUCCUGUACUCUGCUUGAAAAUCAGCACUUUUCUGCAGACAAGAACUUCAGAGGAUGGCAGAUGUUCUUACGCAAUGUCUACAAAAUGUCUGUUUUGCUAACAAGCUUGACACAUUUCCGUGCUGCUUUUUCUUCACAAGUCUGAAAUGUAUACUGCUUGUAGCUGCAAAAGAAUCCAUAAUGAUUAAGACCGCACUUUUUACCAGCUUUGCGAGGCGACGCGACCCGACUACAGCUGCUCCAACUCACUUCUAGUACUUUAUGUUUUAAUGUUUUUAUAGCAGGAAGUGAAGCAACUCAGUGAAGUGGGAUUUUACACAACAAACAUUGAUCAGAGAUUAAUUAGAGAUUAAAUAGUGUUUAGAGGCUCCUGUGCACUCUCAGGCAAAAUAAUUUUACCAAAACCAGACGGCGAAAUUUUUUUGAAAAAUCAACCCUGAUCGACAUUAAAUGAGAAGUUGUGAGAGGAUGUGUGUCUCUGAUGUCAUGAGGAAAAAGGAUACAAGGUCUCAUUAUUUCCUCUUGGAGCGCUCUCUGCUGGUAAAGAAUUGCAGUGCAGCUUGAUGACACUGAGUUACAACAUGAUAAGAACGAUGGCAUUGACAGUAUGAAGAGCAGCACAGAUGAACAGACUAAAGCGCUGCUGCAUCACUCUCUUCAGCCAAAGAUCAGGUGAGGGUUCAUUCCCCAUUAAUCAGUAAGUAGAUGAACAGCAGGUUUAAUAAUGAUGACAUUAUAGAUAAAUGACUUUCAGGUUCAUCGUUGUUCAUUGUGUCAGUGUGCACCAGCAACAUGUCUUUCAAUGUUUUUAGUAAAAGCCUCAUGAACAGCA